UUUUAUUAGAAAAAAGGGGGACCCUUGUAGUUGCCGAAAGCACAAAGCUAGCCAUCCAUCCAUCCUAGGAUGAGUUGGCCUAUAUAUGGUAUGUUUUCCAAACUAUAAGUUACUAGAUACUGCUGCUUCUGUGCCAUGAUGGGCCAAAGAGGAACCAUUAGGUGUCCCAAAAUUCUAAAGUUAUUGGCCAAUAGAAGCCACUAGACACUGCAAAUAAAAAGAAGCCAACCCAAACACUCAAAAUCUCUCCUAGGAAUGACCCAAGUGGUUUCCUCCAAUUUGGGAUUUGUCUAUUCCAAGAUGGAUGGAUGGAUGAUGUGCAGUCAUGACCACAAUCAAGCGGUUGGCUUUGUCCUCCAUUCUGACUCUGCCACGUCGUCAUCCUACCACACCCAUUAAGUUAGCAGUGCUCUUUAGCUAAUACCCAUAUGGCAUGGGCGCACAUCAAUGGCACCUCCCUCACCAACCCCACCACCAUACCUCAAAAACACUUUUCACACAGCCCUUUUACACUGGACAUAAAAGACAAAAUCAUGGAGCUCGCCUUCAUGUAAUGUAAUUUACUUAAAAUAGAUAAUAUAUAUAUAUAUAUUGUACGAGAUAUAAGCAAAAAUUUCAAUUGUAUGUCAUAACCAAAAAAAAAAAUUAUAUUUGACUUUUCAUACGAGCUGACUGACUUUACCGGGAGUUCGUGUUAAAAUGAAUUCACCUUUUCAUAUUUGUUUUUUGUAUUUAGAACGAAUUUGGAUCACCUCCCCCGUUGCUAUACCUAUAUAUAGACACACACAGGUACGUUGUGGUGGUGGAAUCUGUCAAGUCAGUUGAGAAGCAAGGUUGGUCUUCCAGUACUAUUCUUAAAGCCAAUGGCUUCUUCUCCUCCUCCUCCUCCUUCCUAUGGAAAAGUUCUACUGCUUCUGGCCAUGGCCAUGUCCCUCAUGAUCGGCUGCUCGACCGGAAAUUUCAACAGAGAUGUCGACGUCACCUGGGGGGACGGCCGCGCCAAGAUACUCAACAAUGGCCAGCUUCUCACUCUCUCGCUCGACAAGGCCUCCGGCUCCGGCUUCCGGUCCAAGAACGAGUUUCUCUUCGGCAAGAUCGACAUGCAGAUCAAGCUCGUCGCCGGCAACUCCGCCGGCACCGUCACCGCCUUCUAUUUGUCUUCUCAAGGGCCGAGGCACGACGAGAUCGACUUCGAGUUCUUGGGAAACCUCUCCGGAGAUCCGUACAUCGUUCACACGAACGUGUUCACCGGAGGCAAAGGCGGAAGGGAGCAACAGUUCUACCUCUGGUUCGACCCCACUGCUGGUUUCCACGCCUAUUCCAUCCUCUGGAAUCCUAAAAUCAUCAUCUUCUACGUGGACGCCACGCCGAUCAGAGUAUUCAAGAACUUGGAGUCGCACGGCGUUCCGUACCCGAAGAGCCAGCCGAUGAGGAUGUACGCCAGCCUCUGGAACGCUGACGACUGGGCCACCAGAGGCGGUCACGUCAAGACCGACUGGACGCAGGCGCCAUUCACCGCGGCUUUCAAGAACUUCAAGCCCAAAGCCUGUGUUUGGUCAGCCGGAAAAUCUUCUUGCGGCUCCAACUCCACCCGCGCCGGCAGCUCUUCCAGCUGGCUCUCCGAGGAGCUGGACGCCAGCAGCCAAGCCAGGCUGAAAUGGGUGCGGCAAAACUACAUGGUGUACGACUACUGCGGCGACACCAAGCGGUUCCCCGAAGGCCUGCCCCCGGAAUGCGCCGCCGGGAACAAGUCGUGAAGCUUGCAGAGCAGCUUCAAGAACAGAGAUCAGUGUGAAAAAACUACGGCGGUAGCACGUACGAGUGAACGACAGUCUUAUUAAUUAAUUAUUAUUGUUAUUAUCAAAUCAAAGCUGCUAACCAAAGACAUUUACUCUUUUCAUAUUUAAAUAUUAUUAUUGUAUAGAAGAACUAUGAAUCAUGUGGAAAUUACAAUUUCAUAUA